AUGGCUCCUGCUGCUACAGAAACACCCGACAUGUCUUCCUUCAAUGACUCUACCAACCCAAGCGACGACGUGCGCGUCCUUGGUUACGACCCACUGAUCCCGCCCCAACUUCUUGCGUCCGAGAUCCCCAUUCCAGCACACGCCGAGAAGACCGUUAUCCAGGGUCGCAAAGAAGCCGCCAGCAUCAUCACACAAAAGGAUGACCGACUCCUGGUCAUGGUAGGGCCUUGCUCGCUACACGACCCAGAGCUGGCACUCGAGUACUGCCAGCGCCUCAAGGCUCUGGCCGACAAGCUUCAAGACAACCUCUGCAUCAUCAUGCGCGCCUACCUUGAGAAACCACGAACAACCGUCGGCUGGAAAGGAUUGAUCAACGACCCAGACAUUGACGAGAGCUACAAGAUCAACAAGGGUCUGAGAGUGUCGCGCAAGCUGUUCGUGGAUCUCACAUCCGCAGGCAUGCCCAUUGCGUCUGAGAUGCUCGAUACCAUCUCCCCCCAGUUCCUCGCAGACCUCAUCUCCCUUGGUGCCAUUGGUGCACGGACAACUGAGUCGCAAUUGCACCGUGAGCUGGCCUCUGGCCUCUCGUUCCCCAUUGGUUUCAAGAAUGGUACUGAUGGAGGCCUGACCGUUGCGGUGGAUGCAAUUGGUGCAGCCGCUGCUAAGCAUCACUUCAUGGGUGUAACGAAGCAGGGUCUCGCUGCUAUCACCAGGACGGCAGGUAACGAGCACUGCUUCGUCAUUCUCCGUGGUGGAACCAAGGGUACCAAUUUCGACAAGGACAGCAUCAAAGCCGCGAGAGAAGCUUUAAAGAAAAAGGGUCUUGCUGAGGUCAUGAUGGUCGAUUGCUCACACGGUAACUCUAACAAGAACCACCGCAACCAGCCCAUCGUAGCCAAGGACAUUGCUGACCAAAUCCGCAACGGCGAGACCGGCAUCGUCGGUGUCAUGAUUGAGUCCAACAUAAACGAAGGCAACCAGAAGGUCCCGCCUGAGGGCCCCAGCGGCCUGAAGAAGGGUGUCUCCAUCACCGAUGCUUGCAUUGAUUGGGAGAGCACCGUCGACACUCUUGAGAACCUUGCGUCUGCUGUCGCUGAGAGGCGAGCGAACAAGGUCAAGUCUAACGGUGUACACUAA